CGAUUGGACACAAAAGAGCAGAAACAAUGAUUUGUGUGCGUUAUAAAAGGGAGAUGGUCACCAGUCGACUGCAUCAGUCUUCCGCAAUGGGUCUCGCGAUUAAAGUGCUCACGGCACUGGUCGCAUUUUAUGCGAGCGCCAGCGCCAUUCCAGCUCAAUUCCCACAUGGAAAGAUCGUUGUUUUCAAGUAUUAUGGAGACGUGAAGGCCGGGAUUAUCGAGCCAGGAGCUUAUGCAUCGCAGUUUGCGUUGCAAGGUUCUGUUCAUGUCAAACACGAUACAAGUGACCCGCAAUUGAAAAAUGCAUUCUACGUUAGCCUCACGGAUGUUAGGUCGGGUAUGUUCAAUGGUAAAGCAGCUCAUUACCAGCCGACUCAAGUUCUCAAGCCGAUAAAAGAAACUGCAAAAGCGAUCGAGACACCAUUUUUGAUCGUUUUCGACGAAGCUGGCAAACUGGAAGGAGUUAAAUUAUCUGAGAACGAGCCAGCGUGGUCGAAAAAUAUGAAAAUGGCAAUGGCCUCCAUGUUGCAAUUGGACUUGCCGAAUUUGCAAUUGGAAAAACCUCUGAAACCUCGCAGUUUUAUCGCGAAAGAGAACACGAUUCAUGGUGAUUGUUGGGUAACUUACGACGUUCACGCCAAAAAUCAACUCCAACCUAACGAUUCGGAGUUCGUGAUUACGAAAUUUGCUUCACCAAAAAAUUGUACCGCAUAUGCUGUCAGCUCGUUCAAUCACGUCGAUACAGAGAGAUGUCAGAUCAACAAAGAAGAACCCGUAAACAUUGCCAGCAGGAAAGUCUUCGAAAUUGAGAAGCAGGGAGAAGAUAUUGUUAUAAAAAAGCUCGUCGCUCAUGGUGGAUCUAAUUACUUCCCAUGGAACGCCAGAUCCGAAGCUCAUUACAUUCUUAAUAACGCAACUUUUGCUUUCGACCGCAUGGUCCCGGUUUCGGCAAUAAAUUUACCCAUAGUCGAUUUCCGGAAUAUUUCAAUAACGAGAGAUCUGACUUAUCGGAAACCCGAAACAAAUUACGCUGAGGGUGCUGCGGUAGAUGUCACCCAGGGACGACGUGUUAUCGAUCAAUCAACUUUGGUAAUAAAAUUGAUGAAAAUGCUCGGUGAGGCUGCCGAUUAUCUGCAAGAAAAUCACAUCGAAAUGAAAGAGCCUGACUGGAAACAUGGACAAACCCUCAACCGGAUGCUGCUCACGAUGAGCUACAUGAAUCUCAAAUCUCUCGAGCAAAUAUUUUAUUCUCUUGAAAAUCACAACACGCAGCAUGAUAUCUCAAUGAAGAAUAUUUUUUUGACGAUGAUUCCACAAGUGGGAACGCAAGCCUCCAGCAUUUUCGCUUUGAACGCAGUACGUGGACGAAAAAUUUCAAACGGGGAAGCAAUCGCAAUGUUGUCGAAGCUACCCUUGAAUAUUAGGAUGCCAAGCGAAAAACUUUUGGAAGAUAUGGAUGGUCUCAUGAAUUUAGACGAUUCAACCCAUAUCGAAGUACGAAAAGUUGCUAUUCUCUGCUACUCCAGUAUGGUCUACAGAACUAUGAAAAAUCUUCCCAAUCCCCAUGAGAACGACCUCUUGAGUAAAUUGUUGCAAAUUGUCUUCGACAAAGUGAAAAGUGAUACAAGCGACGAGAUGCGUGUAGUUUAUUUAAUGGCAAUGAAGAAUAUGGAAUACGGUAAAAUCCACGAGAUUUUGGCGCCAAUCGUUCGAGGAGAGUUAUCAUUAUCAGAGGAUCCAAUGAAAUUUCGUCUCCUGGCAAUUUGGGCGAUCGAGAAGUCGGUCGAAGCCGAUUAUCCUUCCGCGCACAAUCUUCUUUGGCCGAUUAUGGCGGACUUGACACUUCCGGUGAAGUUGAGGAUAGCUGCUUACGAAAUUUUGAUGCAUCAAGCACCAACGAUGACGGAUGUUUUGCACAUGUAUUGGUUCAUGGUUUACGAGAAAAACGAGCAUUUGUACAAUUUCCAUCAUACAACUAUCAAAGGAAUUGCCAAUUCGGUCGAUCCUUGCAAAACCCAACUUCGUGAAUUAGUGAGAAAAAUAAUGCGCUUUACGAGGAUACACGAUUGGUCACGCCAGUACCAAUUAUCAUACGCUCGAUCUUUCGAUUAUAAAGACGAAAAGUACGAUCAUGCACAAAAACUUCAUACCGAUGUUAUCCUUAACGAAGUGACGGGAACCCCUGAAGUUAUCAAGAUCCAACACAUCAUCACUGAAGCCAGAAGACCUGUUAGCCACUUUGACGUUCGCGUUCACGUGCAAGGUUGCGACGAGCUCUUGUCAAUGAUGAAAUAUGGUUCAUUUUACUAUGGAAAUGGUAUAAUGGAUUCGAACGUGUUGGAUAUUUUACGAAAAGUGUCAGAAGGGGUACGUCCGAGCAAGAGUCCAAUAAGCAUCGACUUAAUUGUGACAUACCGAGGUCGAGUGAUGGUUGCUAAUCACUAUAACGAGCGAUCGAUGAAGAAGCUUUGGGAAGAGGUGAUUCAAUUGAUGCAGAGAUUGAAUCCGGCCACAGAAAGUGUAACAGCAGUAAAUAGGCAGCAAGUGAAUUACGAGCGACUCUAUGAGAAGCAAGUUACGUGUGAAAUGGGACUGCCGGUUGUAUUUGAAAACAGAGUACCGGUGCUGACUUCGUUGAAAAUAAAUUUGGAGAGCAAACUCGUUGACCAAUCAGUUCGAAUGGCAUUUUCGGUCGAUGCCAAAAUUUGGCGUCACGGGGAUUAUUCCAUGUCGGUUUACAAUCCCUUUGCCAAUGUUUGGCACUCGGUACGACGAACCACCGAGUUCGAUUUGAGCUUACCGAUUCAUGGUACGAUCAUCUACAGUCAUGAGAAGAAUACUAUCAAAUUAACACUCCCGAGACAACCAGCAACCUCCUCUUCUAUCGCUGGAAUUUUAAAUCACGCCAAAGACUGUGUCACCGUUAAUGAAGAUGAUGAGAACACCCUAAACGAAUUCUGCCCCACUUGCCAUCCCACGGAAAAUGUCUCACCGAAUUCCCCUGUCAAAAAAAAAUUUCAAAGCAAUUUCGACUCUAUCGACACCGGACUUCAUUACUCUAUGGCUAUUUUCAAUUGUGAAAAUGGCCUUUCUCCUGUCACACUCAAAGAAGACUGGUAUAGAGCUUUCACCUCGCAACGCAAAAAUUCUUGGAACGAUUGGUUGGCUCAUUCCUUAAUGGCGUCUCACCAAGCAAUGAAAAACAUGAUUAUUUCACCGAGAAUGGGAACUUGUGGAAGUCUGAUUAAAAUCGAACCUAGUGUUGUUCAUUCAACGUCUUACGUGAACAUCUCAUUAAGAGCCAGUUACGAGGACGUGGAUCACAAACUUUCCACUUAUCAUGAGUUACCCAGUGAAAAGUAUAGUCUUAGUGGUAAAAUUGACGUAGUUGCUGCCGCGACCAACAAAGUUGCACGUUCGUGGGAUUUGAACAUGAACGGUGACUUCAAUCAGGGCCAUUCCAAUAAUAGAAUUAAACUUUCACUCACAAGAAGAACAGCCGAUGAACCCAAUUACAAGAUUUGUAUAGAAGGUGUAAAAUCAUACACGGAAAUGCCAGCGGAUCCCCUUCAAUUGGGCUCUACAGAAGAGAAUACAGUCAGUAAACUGUCGAUCAUAGCAGGACCUACAGACACGGAAGAGUGUACACGUGACGAUAUUUUAAUUAGGAUGUUCAUCAGGGGUUCACUGUCACAGGAGCAAAGAGACAAAUACAUCCAUGAGUCCUCUAAGAGCGCUUGUAGCAACGAUAUCAAGAAUCCGUUGUACAGAAGUCCCAAAAAUUUGAUACCCAAAACACUCAAUUGUAUCAAUGAAGCGAUACUUUACACGACGCUGAGAAACUACGACUUCGUAGUUACGCAACAAAAGGUGCCUCCGUUGCUGACGUCAACUCUGCAAUAUUUGGAAGAUCUAGUUCGCACAUAUCUUGUUCCAAAUCUUGAAUACGCUGAGCAAAAAUCCUCGUCCAGGGAAUUGACAGGAAAAAUUACUUAUCCACUCGAAAAAGAGGAAGUUAACAUUGAAUUGGCUACUCCGGACCACCGUAGUUACGAUUUCGUCGAUGUGAAAUUGGAGAACGAACGUUUCAAUGGUUUCGGUCCUAUUUUCCAGUCCCUUUGGAAUCAUCGCCUAGACAAUACACGUUUCAGCAUCGCCAGUCUUCUCGCAUACACCGAGAAAAAAUUGAAAUUCUGUUCAGUUUAUCCCAAAACGGUUAUGACUGGAGACGAAAAAAAUAUUCCGUUCGAAAUAACCGACGAAUGGACUCUCGUUUCCGGCAACCAAGUGCACCAAAAUUUUGCUAUCUUCGCUAAAAAAAUUGGCACAAAUAUGGGCCUUCAAAUAUUCAUGAGAAAUCACACCGUAGAAAUGACUCCCGACACUACCGACCAAGUGCAAGUGUUUAUCGAUAGUCAAGUUGUGGAAAAUUUGGAGAACGGCGUUGCUGUUCCUUCUGAGGACGGAAAUGACUGGAUUCUUAAAGUAACUAAAGACGGUGAGCACAUCGUGACCAACCUGAAUGAAAUACCAAUAGUCGCGAUUUAUGGUAUUAAUCAUGUGGCUUUGGCGAUUGACGUGGAGUUGCAAGGGCAAGUGAGCGGAUUGUGCGGGCAACUGAACGGAACCCCAGCGAAAAAAAUAACGAAGUCAUCGAAAACAGAUCUGUGAUUUGGAUGAAACGUAUUAAGGAUUUUUUUUCUGAACGUAUUUAGUUCUCAAACUCGUAGUAUUUUAGAAAUUCUGUACAAAAAUGUCAACCAAGUCACAGAUGUCGAAAAAAUAGCUGAAAAAUGUCCGGUUUUUGAAAUUUCUUUUGAUCAUUCUACAGAGACCUGCAAAGUUUGUGAAUCUUCCCUUCUGAAAUCCGAAAAGAAAAUCAUCCAUGGAGAGAUAAAUUGAUCAAUCAAAAUCUUAUCCGUUGGUUUUCAACAUUUUUAUCUGAUUAUUAGAAUAGCUGAUUAAUCAUUCUAUUAAUUUGAAAAAAAAAAAUCAUUUUUUGUCCGUUUGGUUAUUUGCAAUUUUGGUGACUACGUCGAUUUGAAAAAUAGUAUACGAAUAGUAGAAUUAGUAAAGAAAACCAGUGAUAGAUGAAUUAUUUUUAUUACAAGAGAUUGUAUGAUAAUAAGCGAUGAAAAAGUUUCCCGAAACAUGUAAACCUCUCAAAUCCUCAGGAAAAGUACAAAAUCUUUUAAGAAAGAA